CCGCCACGACCCACGGGGGAGGGGGAUCCCACAUGACCGAGGGGGUAGGAGGAGCCUGCGGCGGUGGCGGCGGCGGCGGCGGCGGCGGCGGCUCCAUCACUUUCCUCCGGGGCCGGGGGUCGGCGGGCGGUGGCAGCGGCAGCUGGACAGGGCAGGGCAGGGCCGCGAACGCAGGGCCCCUAGAUCGCCGUCAGGCUGCAGGCUCUGGGCCUGGGCCAGCCGGGCAGCUGUAAACCCAGCGCUUUCCAGGCGCCGAGCUGGGGGUGCGCCCGGCCACCCGGCCUCUGGAUCAUGGGGAAUGGCAUGACCAAGGUACUUCCUGGACUCUACCUUGGAAACUUCAUUGAUGCCAAAGACCCGGAUCAGUUGGGCCGGAAUAAGAUUACACACAUCAUCUCUAUACAUGAAUCACCCCAACCUCUAAUACAGGGUAUCACAUAUCUUCGAAUCUCAGUGGCUGAUACUCCUGAGGUACACAUCAAAAAGCACUUCAAAGAAUGUGUCAACUUUAUCCACGGUUGCCGCCUCAACGGGGGUAACUGCCUUGUACACUGUUUUGCAGGUAUAUCUCGAAGUACCACCAUUGUGAUUGCCUAUGUGAUGACGGUGACUGGACUAGGCUGGCGGGAAGUACUUGAAGCCAUCAAGGCCACCAGGCCUAUUGCUAAUCCAAACCCAGGCUUUAGGCAGCAGCUUGAGGAGUUUGGCUGGGGAAACUCCCAGAAGCUUCGCCGGCAGCUGGAGGAGCGCUUCGGGGAGAGCCCGUUCCACGACGAGGAGGAGUUGCGCACGCUGCUGCCUCUCUGCAGGCGCUGUCGCCAGGGUUCGGCGACCUCCGGCGCGUCGGCCACAGCGUCCUCGGCGGCUUCCGAGGGGCCCCUGCAGCGCCUGGUCCCGCGAUCGCCGCGGGACGCCCACCGGCCGCUGCCGCUGCUGGCGCGGGUCAAGCAGACUUUCUCGUGCCUCCCGCGGUGCCUGUCGCGCAAGGGCGGCAAGUGAGCGCCGUGCCCGCCGCUCCGCCCGUCCUCACGCCACAGCCCUUCGCGGGCGGCCGGGGCUUCCCGCGCCCGCGAUGCACCCAGAGCCCGUGAGAGCCUCGCCCAUGCCCAGUACCCACCACGCUUGUCUGAGUCCGUCCUCGGUGUCCCCUCUGAGUCUCCGGUCCGCCGGCCUGCUUCAAGCCACCUGGUGCCUUAGUCCUUGGGCCCGGGGGAGGGGUCCUGGACCUCCACCCCGACAGUGGGGGAGAAGGAGGGAGAGCCGGGUGGGGCGGACCGGCCUGGAAGAGAUUAAAUGACGCAGAUGCUGCCUGACCAGGUGCCUCUGGUCAUUCCGCAGAGCCUGGGUUCUGCGUCCUGCAGGAGGCAGGGCGGAAGCAGCUUCCAGGGACCCGGGAGAGCGCCAUUCCCCAUCAGUCUGCAGAGCUGAAUUCCAAAACCAUGCCUCUCUGUGACACACACACCCCCAAUCCCCAUCUCUCCCUGAGCCCUGAACUUCUGACACCGUCCCUGAGCCCCUUUUCUUUGGGCCCAUCACCUCUCUGAGGCCCCUUCCUCUUAUCCAGCCCCCCCCCCCGCCUCCCCAUACACAAAUAACUGGCCAGGGUGCUCCAGUUGGUGGCGUUCCCGUCUUUUACUGUCUGAGAUGGCUUUAUACUCAGGGAGAACCCCCAGGCUCAGAGAGGUCAGUCAGCUGGCCCAAGCACACACAGCUAGAGCAGGUCAUUCCCGGUUCUGACAGUAGGGAGGAAGUAACUCCUGGUGUGGAGGUUCCUGAAGGGGGAGACCCAGCACCAACUGGGGUGCAGGGGGUGGCAGGACAUCCAAUAAAACAGUAAGUAACCCUGUGGAUGGGCAGAGGAAGGGGUGUCACGGGAGCUGAGUACCUGAGGGAGCUGAAGUCGUUAGCACUCAGCAGACUCUCGUGGCUUCAUGGCUGAUGGGGAGGCGCAGCCCCCAGCACUAAGCUGAAGGAAUGGUGAACGACCAACACCAGCCCCCAAUUCCUCAUCCACUCAAAGUGUUCGUUGGCAUACAGAGUGCCAGGUACUGUGCUGGGCCCUGGGGCUACAGCAGUGAGCAAACCCUUGUCUGUACAUGGCUGCCAUUCUAGUGGAAGAUACCAUAAGAAGGGGUAAGGGAGUGGACCAUCGUGCCAUCUGACCGGAGGCGGGAGGGGCGACUGGGAGCAGUUACGUGGAAAGACCUUGAGUUAGGACCGUGUGAAGAGAAAGGUGGCUGGGCUCCCCAGGGGACAGGGAGCCUGCAUCCUCCUAAUUGACCGGUGGCGCCACAGUCCACCUGUUUUCUAGCCCUUCUGUCCCUCUUAAAAGCAAAAAGGUGGUCCCGAUCCACAGAUAAAACCAAGACCUUUGGUAUAGUGUUCCAGACCCUUCCAGAGGCUCCUUGACUGGAGUAUCACCUCUCCACAUUGCCUCAGCAGUGCAGGGCUCUCAACUGUCCUAAACACUGCGGCUCAGCUGACCCUCAUUCCACCCUCCCUUAUAGGUACCCCAUUUAUCAGAGGGGAAAACGGAGGCUGGUGCCCCAGGUCACGAGCAAGAGAUGGUGCUAGGAUGUGAACUUGGGCAGCCUGGCUGCAGACCCUGCUCUCUUCAUUAUUUACCCUUUGUGAUCUAGAAAUGUGAAGGGCUCCUCUGACACAUAGGAGGCUGCUUGGAUGGACAGGACACCUCGGGUUGGCUUCUAAAACUCCAGCUUCAGUUGGAGUAUAGCUGGGAAAACUAUCCCACCUAUACUAAACACCUACAGACUUUUUUCCCUAAACAAUCUAACAGCCUCCUAGCAUUUGCUUCAGAUUAAGCAUUCUAAGUAUUUAGAGAGAGUUAAAGUAUAUAGGUGUAAAUAGUCCACCACUUGGUUUAAGGGAUUUGCCAUGCAUUUUGGCAUCCAGUGGGGGUCCUGGAACCAACCUCUCACCAAUAUAAAGGGACAACUAAUGAUCAUGUUAAUCACGUGAAAUGCUUUGUGCCCCUCUAGAGCUCACAGGUCUGAGUCUGAAGUGGAUUGUGGGACAGCUGCUGGCAUGUAGGACCAAGAGAAGGAGAAGAACAACCUCCCACAGGUGCUUGUGAAGGGGGGAUUCACUCCCCACCUCUGUCCAUGCUGGACUAGCCACUGCACUACAAUUUUUUCUUUCUUUCAAAGCCUCAGUUCCACCACAUAUACAACAAGGGUUGGGGCAGCCUGAACUACUCAACCAUCUUUCAUAUUGCAAAUAUUUCUUGAUAAUAAAAAAAAGUUCUAGAACUA